CCCCAGUUCCCCGACCCGCCCACACGCACGCCGCGCGCGCAGAGCUGGGGAACGGCACGGGGACGCCACCGCCGCCCGCGGCUGCCACCGGGCCCCGCCACCCGAGGCGCACGCCGCUCUCCUCCUCACCACCACCACCACCACCACCACCUCGCGAGCAAUGGCGGUGGCGCGGCUGCGCUCGGCGGCCGCCAGGCUCCGGCCGGCGCUCGCUGGCGCCAUCGGCGAGAGGCGGCGGCUAGGCACGGCGGCGGCCGCGGCGGAGGUGACCGCUGAUGCGGCGGCCGCCGUGGCCGCCGGGGUCGCGAGGUGGGAGCCCAUGGGCGCGCGGGAGUACUACGACUACCGGCGGGCCAUCUACGGCGACAUCACGCACAAGGCCAUCCUCGUCGACGCCGCCGGCACGCUCCUCGCCCCCACCGAGCCCAUGGCGCAGGUAUACAGAACGAUCGGCCAGAAGUAUGGAGUGGAAUACUCAGAGGAUGAAAUACUGAUGAGGUAUCGGCGGGCUUAUGCGCAACCAUGGGGUAGAUCCCGCCUGAGGUAUGUCAAUGAUGGAAGGCCCUUUUGGCAACACAUAGUCAGUUCCUCUACAGGCUGCUCAGAUCUGCAGUACUUUGAGGAAGUGUAUCAGUACUAUACGACUGAAAAGGCUUGGCAUCUCUGUGAUCCAGACGCAGGGCGCGUUUUCCAGGCAUUGAGAAGGGCUGGUGUAAAAACUGCUGUUGUGUCCAACUUUGACACUCGUCUUCGGCCACUUUUACAGGCCCUGAAAUGUGAUCAAUGGUUUGAUGCAGUUGCUGUAUCUGCUGAGGUUGCAGCAGAAAAGCCAAACCCAACAAUAUUCUUGAAGGCCUGCGAGCUGUUGGGCGUGAAACCUGAAGAAACUGUGCAUAUUGGGGAUGACCGUAGGAACGAUGUAUGGGGAGCUAGGGAUGCAGGCUGUGAUGCCUGGCUUUGGGGCAGUGAUGUUUACUCCUUCAAGGAGGUCGCAGAGAGGAUCGGGGUUGAGGUAUAACGACUUGACUGCAGAGUCAACUCAACAUGAGCUGCAAUACAAAGAAGAAAAUAGGCUGUGGUGUUGCCUCCUUGUACAUAGUGUCAAUUCUUGUUGCCCCGGCACCUUGUACAUACUUUCCAUUUUCCCAGGGAAUAACAGAGAGCAGUUUGUCCUGCGACAUGCCCCUUCCCGUAGCAACUGUUGAAUACUGUAUAUGUGCGUUUCACUGUCCAAUUGGCCGCCUGUUUAAUUUGCC